AUGUUACAUGUCAUCGAUGUCCUGAUUGUUGGAGGCGGCUAUGCUGGUCUCGCUGCUGCAAACACCCUGUACCGAUCCUGUCACACAACAAUGGUCUUCAACUCUGGCCAUUUCCGGGAUGAAAAGGCUUCACGAAUCCGGCUUUUACCGGGGUUUGAAGAUGUACAGUCCUCGCGCUACCGAGAGAUGGCCAGAGAGGAACUCAAGCAAACCGGCCUUUGCACCUUUGUCGAGGCCGAGGUAGCCCGCGUCGAAGGAUCUGACGCCGAGGGUUGGACGCUGAUCACAACGGACGGAAAAGAAUACCAUGGGCGCAAGGUUGUCCUAGCUACAGGCACCAGCGAACGGUAUCCAGAUAUUGCUGGGUACACAGACUGCUGGGUUACUGGGAUCUUUCCUUGCAUGUUCCAAUUUGGAUAUGAACAACGCGGCUGUGCAUCAGCCGGAGUCCUGGUCGUCGACAAACUCGCGGCGGUGCUUCCCCAGGUUAUCAAGCUGGCUGGUGAUACCGGAAAGUUUGCUCAUGAGGUUACACUCUACACUAACGGAGCUGAGAUGGUGACCACUCAGCUGCAGCACCUGGUGGGAGAUACUGGCUUCCGCGUUGAGCCUCGUGGAAUUAGUCGUCUCGUCAAGGGGCCAGAAGGGGCAGAUGUUACUAUAGAGCUGGAGGACGGCAGCUUGUGCAAGGAAAGCUUCCUCGUGCACCAGCCCCGGACAGGCAUACGAGGGCCCUUGCCGUCUCAGUUGGGAUUGGAAAUAACUCCGAUGGGGGAUAUUAAAGUUGACCACCCUUUCCCAGCGACCAACGUUCCCGGCGUGUAUGCUGCUGGCGAUUGUGCUUCCCCGUUCAAAAACGCCUCGAUGGCAAUUGUAGCGGGGAUCUGUGCAGGCAAUGGAGUAGCAAGAGAGCUGCGGACCAAAUUGCGAAAGUGA